AUGGGUAUUCUCGCAGACAUUAUUACUCCUUUCGCAGAUGGCGGAGGCAUGACGUUGCUGCCCUUGACCAGCACGUUAACCGCCUUAUUGACGUCGGGUCCAUGGCCUGGUCCCCGGCGGAAGUACUGGAGAUCAGCCGCUGGCCGUAUUCCUGUCGUUGCUGGCACCGGUGACUUAACGAGCAAGGGCGCUGGCGAGUUGGCUGUUCACGCCGCGCAGGCUGGCGCGGCUGCUGUCAUAGUUAUCCCGCCCUAUUACGAAGCUCACAACCUCGAGGAGACACGCAAGUUCCUCCAAGCCAUCCAUAACGCAAGUGGAUUACCUAUUCUCUACUACAAUAUCCCGAGCAUCAGCGGGUUGACUUUGUCAGCCCAGAAUAUUGCAUCACUUUCGGACGUCGGUGUCAAAUACCUGAAAGACACCUCGGGCAAUGCUCCAGUCUUGACUGACUUGCUCUUGACCUACGGUCAAAAGAUUACGACCUUCAACGACUUGAACACUCUGACCUUCUAUGGUCUGGCUGCGGGCACAAAGGGUUCCAUCUGGGGUGCCGUCAAUAUUAUUCCCGAGCUUUCUGUCGAGCUUUGGAAUGAACCCUGGCCGUAG